CUCCCUGCUUGCAGCCCGGGAACCCGGGCCAAGCAGUAGACAGCCCCUCGCGGGGUGGCAGCAGGAGCAGGCGGCGACUGUGGCGGUGGCAGUGGCAGUGGCACUGGCAGAGGCAGAGCAGGCGGCUGCGGCGCGGGGGCGGCGGCGGCUGCGGCCCAGGCGGGCGGACUGACGGGCGGGCUGAGAGAGGCGCCAGGCCCGCCCCCUCUUCAUGAGCACAGCCGGGCAACCCAAGCAAGCUGCCACCCCGGCUGCGGUGCAAGCAGACAUGGCCCUGACUCUGACCCCAGAGCGCAUGAAGAUAUCAGAGGUGGAGAUGGAGUGUUACUACUGUCUGCUGCAAGCAGCGGCCCUCAUCGAGUCCAUCAUUGCAAAGAUGACAGUUCCCAUCUGUGCAAAGGACAUCACUGAUCUCUUGCUGAAGGAACUGGCCUUCCUUUCUGGUGGAAGAGGGAAAGAUAAUGACUGGAUUAUAACAUUUCCAGAAAACCCCAAUUUCAAAGAAGUGCCAGAGGAUGUCUUAACAAAAGUGUUAACUUACUUGACUUCCCUUCCCAGACAACAUGAACCAGACACCAAAUUUAUCCUUAUUCUGGAUAGAAGAUUGGAUACCUGGGCAUCUGUCAAAAUAAGUCUCCAAAGAAUUGCAGCCUCUUUUCCAGGGAACUUGCAUUUGGUUAUGGUCUUGAGGCCCACAAGUUUUAUCCAACGCACUUUCACAGACAUUGGCUUUCGGUUCAGUCAAGAUGAUUUCAUUCUCAAAUUGCCGGUUGUAAUGCUUAGUUCUGUCAGUGACUUACUGAGUCACAUUGAUGAGAAGCAGCUGACCCCUGAAUUUGGAGGCACCUUGGAAUACUGUCACAGUGAAUGGGUUAUUUUCAGAACAGCUAUUGAAAAUUUUGCUCUGACUGUGAAGGAAAUCGCACAGGUAUUGCAGUCCUUUGGGACUGAAUUAGCCGAAACAGAACUGCCAGACGACGCUUUCUCCAUUGAGCGACUAUUGACAAUCCGUACUGAAAAAUACUUUCAGUUGAAGGAAGAGAUUGUAAGUGUUAUGAAAGAAGGAAAUAUGCUACUGAGGACCUUUGAAGUGCCUAACACUAAAGAAUCAAAUGAGGAACCUCCUCAAGAAAAACCUGGAGAUUGGGAAACUGUUAAUAGAUUACUUGCUCAACUGCAUGAAAUGGAAGUGGCCUUUGAUGAAUUUUGGGACAAGCACCAAUUGAAGAUGGAUCAGUACGUACAGCUCUGGAAAUUUGAACAAAAUUUUCUAGAGCUUAAGGAUGAUAUUGAAUUCUUAAUGGACCAGCAUGCUGCCAUACCCAGUACUGGAGACAGCGUAGCAGAUGUGAAGCAAAGGCUCACAGAGUUGGGGACCUUGGAUGAGAUGGCUAAGGAGCUGAUUGGGAAGGCCCAGCUCCUGAUACUGCAUGGGCACCAGCUUGCAGCCAAUCAGCAUUAUGCCGUUGACUUAAUCUGCCAGAGGUGCAAUGAAUUGAGACAUCAGACAGAUGUACUGUCCGAAGAACUGAAAGCCAAAGAGGAGAAGCUUACCAAGACCUUGGAACUCCAGAAUCAGCUGCACCAGGCUCUCCUGUGCUGUGAUGAGGGGGCCUAUCUCCUUGCUAAUCAGCCGAUGGAUAAAUGCCAGGCAAAAGAAGGUGCUCAGAGAGCUCUUUAUGACAUCGAGAAGUUCCUUGAUGUGACUCUCCCCAAUUUAAAGUAUGAUCCUCGUGUCCUACAGCGGGAAUUUGAGGUCAUUUUGACUCCCGAACUCAAGGCUCAGAUCCAGGGUGUCCAAGUCAAGCUGGAAAGCAUUCGCAGCAUGUUCCAGAACCGGCGGAGUUGUUUCCGGAAGCUGACAGAUAAGCAUUCCCGGCCCACCCAACUUGUGGCACCCCAGCCUGAACACGCAGGCAGAUCCAAAUCGCCGCUGUUCUCACCUAAACACGGGAUGGACUUUAAUUCUUCUUUGAAAUUCUCCUUUGAUCUCCCUCUUCCUGGGAAGAAGUCAAGAAAAAAUCAGAACUCACGAAAAAUUGAAGUUAUGCAUGAUUAUGAAGAGAAGAGAAAUUCCUCACAGUACAUUAUUUCGGAGAAUGAAGACAGCUUGAAUGUGUUCAAAAGCCAUGUGAUAAAUGAGCUAAUUGAGACCGAGAGGGUAUAUGUGAAUGAUCUGUUCACUGUCUUGAUGGGCUACCGAGCAGAGAUGGACAAUCCCAGGAUGCUGGCGCUUAUCCCACCUGCCCUGAUAGACAGGAAGGAUGUUCUCUUUGGGAACAUGCCUGAAAUCUAUGAAUUCCAUAACAAGAUUUUUCUGCACAGCCUGGAAAGCUGCUUUGGAGCACCAGAACGUGUGGGACUUUGUUUCCUGGAAUGGAGGAAUGAUUUUCAGAUCUAUGAGAAGUACUGUCAGAACAAACCCAGAUCUGAGCUACUUUGGAGACAAUGCUCAGAAAGCGCCUUUUUCCUGGAAUGCCAAACGAAACUAGAACAUAAACUUGGCCUGGACUCCUAUCUGCUCAAACCAGUACAACGCCUGACAAAAUAUCACUUGCUUUUGAAGGAGUUACUCAAGUACAGUGCUAACUCUGAAGGUGUUCAACAGCUCCAAGAAGCUCUCGUUGCAAUGUUGGACUUACUGAAGUCGGUCAAUGAUUCCAUGUACCAGACUGCCAUUACUGGCUAUGAUGGUGACCUAAGUGACCUGGGCAGGAUAUUAAUGCAAGGAUCAUUCAGUGUUUGGAUUAGUCAUAGAAAAGGUAGCACCAAAAUGAAGGACUUUGCCCGAUUCAAGCCCAUGCAACGCCACCUUUUCUUGUAUGAGAAAGCUAUCAUGUUCUGUAAGAGGAGAGAUGAACAUGGAGAGGGACAUGAGAGAACACCCUUCUAUAGCUUUAAGCACUAUUUGAAAAUGAGCGCUGUUGGAAUUACCGAGAAUGUGAAAGGAGAUAACCGCAAAUUUGAAAUCUGCUACAGUGGGCGUGAAGAAGUUUACAUUGUGCAGGCCCAAACAAUAGAAUCAAAGGCAGCCUGGUUGACUGAAAUCAGGAAAAUUUUGAUCAGGCAACAAGAACGUAUCAAAGUUGAGAGGCAGCAGCAGAACCAGGCUGCAGAGCCCAUUUCAAUUGUUCCUCAGCUGACUGAGGGAACGCAGCAGCGAGUUUCCAUAAGCUCUGAAGAAAAUGAAUCUGACCACACGAGCCCUGUGACGUCGGACAAUUUGGCUCUGUCACCUCAGACUAAAACAAGCAGAAGUUCCUCAAGAACAUCACUGAUCAUAGAACUCGGUGAAAGCCUGGAGGAAUGGGCUAACAAUAGCUUCCUGUUGGCUUGUUCAGACACAGAGGAGGAAGAUGGGAGCCAAUUGUCUCCAAGAAAGUAUAAAGCCCUUACAGAAUGUGAGAAGAAAGAAUCGGAUGAUCAGCUGAUUAAAAAUGGGGAUGCCUGUUCACUCCUACAUGAGGAUGGUGAGGCAGAAGGGUCGGUGAAAAAUCCCAACGGAAGAAAAGAAGGUGUGAUCCUGGGGCACAGUUCACAGAGUAUAAUCUGGGCCAGUAGGGUUCUGAAGGCCCAAACUGAAGAAAACUGAAAAGAGGGCGCCAGAAGCAUUUCAAGACAACGACACAGGCUGAAUCCAAGACUUUUUUUUAACCUGUCUCAGUUUCUACCAUCUAGAGCAGAACGCACCCUUUGGAGGUGGCAUUGGGUCUGCCUUUCCCUCUCUACCUCCCCACCUCAAAGCAAAUGCUUUUUUAAUGAGUCACAUUUUCUCCAAAUCCACUGAUCGCCGCUGUUGACUCUAGCACUGGGCAAGAGAGGUAGAUGGAUCCCAAUUUGACCAGCUCUCUGCUUGAAGAGAGGAGGGAAGAAGAGAGGAUGGCUGUGUCCUUGCAGGCAGAACAGCAAUCGAAAUGCGCGUUUUUACAGCCAUUUAGAUCAACAUGCUUCAGUCAACUUUUUAUUAAACAAUACAGUAUUAAUAAAGAAUGCAAGCCUUGGACUGAGUGCAAAAUGGGCAAACACCUCUGUGCUCAGGUCACAAACGUUUGCUAUAUUUCUCACAUGACCUUCGUGGGGUGUGGACAUAUCAUCUUGAAUAGAAAGAAUCAGAGUUGCCUUUUCCAUAACAUCAGCAUUUUAAAUCUAUUAAAAGAGCCAUAAGUCUUGAUCUUGAACUCAGGAGAAAAUUAAUUACAUUAAUUUUUAGCGCAAUUCAGUGCAGGGUCCAAGAAAUGAAACAUGUGAUGAGUUUUUAUUUCACCCCAUUCAUCACCAUAACUAAUCAGAGUAGCUUUGAGGGCACACGAACACCUUUUUUUGGGGUUUGGUUUUGUUUUGUUUUAUAAAGUGCUUGCUAACAAAGAAAUUUAAAUCCACUUUGGGCCUGUGCUUGCAAAAAAGGGCUUAAUUUGCAAAGACAAAUCCUUGAUUUUAAGCGCCCAUGUACUUUGGGAAACAUUUUUUGCUAACCAUAAUUAGUUUCCAUUGCAAUCACAAUCGGAUUAAUGGCAGGCAGAGUGUUGGAUUUGUAUCCAGAGUCCCUGGUUUCAAAUCUUUCCUCUGCCACUUACUACCUGAGUGACCUUGGACAAGUCACUUAAUAUUUCUG